AUGUCCUCAUUAGCAGACUACCUCGCCAAAAACUACCUAACCGCCGACCCGCAACCAGAACGCCCCAAAAAGAAACGCAAGAAGAACAAACACCACGACCCAUUAACCAGCGGCGGCGACGGGCUCAUAAUCGCGGACGAUGACCCUCCGUCUCUGCGCGCGGCAGCGGGCGACUUAAAAGAUAAUGAAUACGAUGAGAAUUCGCCAUAUAUAUUAGAUUCGUCGGCGUCACGUGCGCUAAGUGCAGAGUUUAAAAAGAAGAAGAAAUCGAGCUGGAAAGUCGUCGGCGAUGGCGGCCACGAAAGGGCAGCCGCAGGUCAAGAUGAAGCAGACGCAAUCCUGGCAUCCGCCGCGGCGGAGAGCGCAGCAAGACUGCAAGUCACCGAGGCCGAUGACGCGCCCACCAUCGAAGGCGAAAUUAUUCAAGACAUGGAGGAGGAGGAGGAGGAGGAGGAAGAAGAUGGAGGACAAAGGAUGGAAUCCGGCGCCCGUGCAGGCCUGCAAACCGCCGCCCAAACCGCCGCCAUGGUCGCCGCACAAGAACGACGCAAGAAAGCUGAAUUGGCCGCUUUCCAGGCAUCCGUGAAACAACAACAGCAGGAAGGGGGAGGGGAGACGAUAUAUCGAGAUGCAUCGGGUCGAAUUAUAAAUGUCGCCAUGAAACGAGCCGAAGCAAGAAAGGCAGCUGAAGAAGCUGCAAAGGCGGAACAAGCAGCCAAAGAUGCGCUCAUGGGUGACGUUCAAAGGCAAGCCAAGGAAGAGAGAAUGGAACAACUCCGCUCUGCGCGCGCAAUGCCACUUGCACGCACAAUCGAGGAUGAAGAUCUGAACGAAGAACUGCGUCAACAAGACCGAUGGAAUGAUCCCGCUGCGCAGUUCUUGACAACCAAGAAAGCCGGCGUAAGCAAAACCGGCAGGCCGUUGUAUAAAGGCGGGUUUGCGCCGAAUAGAUAUGGCAUCCGGCCGGGCCAUAGGUGGGAUGGAGUUGAUCGGGGCAAUGGGUUUGAGAAGGAGUGGUUUCAGGCGAGGGCGAGGAAGGAUAGGAUUAGGGAUUUGGAGUAUGAGUGGCAGAUGGAUGAAUAA